CUGGAGGGCACUUCAGUUCAUCCUCUUUUUCAAAAACAUGAAUCUGACAGCAGAGAGCCACAGAAUCCCUCUCAGUGACGGGAACCAUAUUCCACUGCUGGGAUUGGGCACCUAUGGAGACCCUCGAACGACACCCAAAGACACAGCUCUGGAGUGUGUCAAGCUUGCCAUAGAUGUGGGUUACAGGCACUUUGAUGGGGCGUUGGUGUACUUCAAUGAGCACGAAGUGGGUCAAGCCAUUAGAGAGAAGAUUGCUGAUGGAACCGUUCGAAGAGAGGACAUCUUUUACUGCGGAAAGCUCUGGAAUACCUUUCAUCCGCCAGAGUUGGUGCGGCCGGCCUUGGAGAGGACACUGAAAGCCUUAAAACUGGACUAUGUGGAUCUCUACAUCGUCGAGCUUCCCAUGGCUUUCAAGCCUGGAAAUGAGUUCUAUCCAAAAGACCAGGAUGGAAACUACAUCUACCACCAUACAGACCUCUGUGCAACAUGGGAGGCUUUAGAGGCUUGCAAAGACGCAGGGCUGGUUAAAUCUCUGGGAGUCUCCAACUUCAACCGCAGACAGCUGGAGCUGCUGCUGAACAAACCCGGCCUCAAACACAGACCUGUAUCCAACCAGGUUGAGUGCCAUCCAUAUUUCACGCAGCCCAAGCUUCUGGAGUACUGUCGUCAGAAUGACAUUGUGAUUGUUGGCUACUGCCCAAUUGGCUCCUCCAGAGACGCAUCCUGGGUGAAUGUGAAAUGUCCUCCCCUGCUGGAGGACGAGCUGCUGGUAUCUAUUGGGAAGAAGUACAACAAGAGUACUGCCCAGGUGGCUCUGCGCUUCAACGCCCAGAGAGGAGUCGUCGUGAUCCCCAAGAGCUUCAGCCCCGAGAGGAUCAGACACAACUUUGAUAUAUUUGAUUUUUCACUCACCGAGGAAGAAAUGAAAGCCAUUGAGGCUCUCAACAAAAACAUUCGCUUUGUGGAGCUGCUGAUGUGGAGUAACCAUCCAGAGUACCCAUUUCAUGAUGAAUAUUAAUGUUUUGACUGACUUUUUUCUGCAUCUUUAUUCCACCAAUGACUUUACACAGGUACAUAUUCAGAGUCAACACUAGAGGGCUCUAGCUCACAGUAAAUGAAAAGCACAAACACAUGAAUGAGUUUAAGGAUAGCGCACAAUUAGACGUAGGAUGACAAAGUCGUUUAGUUGUUUCAUGUGAGUUUCAUGUGAUUCUUGCAGAAGGCUCAUGUAAUAUUCAAAGAGCGUUCAUUGUCAAAUCAACUGUCUUGUGAAUUGAUGCCACUGCAGCUGUAAAUAAAGUUUGGCAUGAAAA